GUCAGGUGAUCAGCGGCUGCUAGCUCCGCUCAUCGACGGCAGCCUUCACGGAGCGGUUCGCUGAAUAACGGCCGCCCUGCUGCCUCCGGAGCUUCCGUUUAUUUAUUCAGCCGUGGAUACGGCUUUAUUUUUUUAAAACCGAGUACCGGCCGUGAAGCGCAGCGGAGCGAGAGAGGGGAGGCUGUGGGAGGGGCGACGGCAGUCGACCGCAGUCAGUCGGUGAAGGCAGGCAGACGCCGCUGGAGCUGACCGGAGCAUCACCGACCCAACCUGCCCGCAUCCCGGCUCUGUCCGCCCGGAUGCCGCUUUCCUCGCCCUGCUUCGGCUGAUGGAAACAGACGUCCGCGAAAAUGUGCGCGAAUGUGUUCGGAGUUCUGAAGAGCCUGUUUGGGAAGCCCUUUGAUGGUGGGAAGAGGAUGGACCAUGGCGGCCCUCAGCAGCAGCAGCAUCCCAUGGAGCAGCAGCAGCAGCCGUACCACCCGCAGCACCCCGCCAUGAUGCGCCUCUACGAGGUCCAGAAGGAGGUGGCGUCUCUGGGGCCGCAGGUCUGCACCUUCAGCGGCCUGCAGAACGACCGCGACUAUAAGCGCCUGGAGCGGGAGCUGACCCGGCUGCUGCUGGAGGUGGACCAGGUGGACACGGAGGGCAAGCCGGAGCUGCAGGGGGCUCGGAAGAGGGCGGCGCAGGAGGUGGAGGGUCUGCUGCGCUACCUGGAGGAGAACGCCACCCACCCGUCCCGUCUGGCCAUCGAGGACCUGAGCAACAAGGCCCGGCAGCUGGUGGACGAGCGCGUCGUGGCUCCGCAGCGAGCCGGCGGCGUGGCGGAGAUCAACGACGAGCUGGUGGACGCCCUGCAGGAGCUGGUGCUGAGGCUGACCCAGGUGAAGACCGAGGGCCGGGUGCCGCUCCGCAAGGCUCGCUACCGGGCGCUGACACGCCUGUGUGCCGUGCAGGACGUGGUGGAGGGGCGGACGCAGCAGCAGACCCUGUCGCUGCCGCUGUCGGGCGACACCCACGAGGCCGUGCACCGCAUCAACCAGGUGAUGGUGAAGGUGAGCGUGGCCCGCAGCCAGCUGGUGGCGCUGCUGAUGGGGCUGAGCGGGAGGGACAGCUGCGCCCACCUGUCGCGAAUGCUGACGGAGAUGCAGGUGGAGCUGGACGCCCUGGACGUGUCCGGAAACGCAGCCAUCAGAAACUACAGGAAGCAGGUGGUGGAGGAGAUAAACGGGCUGCUGAAACACCUGGACCUGGAGGGGGAGGGAGACGACACGCGCAGGUACGACUUGGCGCAGAACAACUCCAUCCGAGAGAUCGAGGCGGUGCGAGCUCACGUCUCCCACCUCCGGGAAGGCAUCCUGCGACACUGUGCGAUGGGCGACCUCGGCUUCAGGCCCAAAGCCGAGCUGCAGAGCCUCCUGACGCACCUGGACCAGGUGGACACGGCCAAGAACCCGUGCAUCAGAGAGGCCCGCCGCCGCGCUGUGGUGGAGGUCCAGGCCAUCAUCACCUUCCUGGACCUCCGCGAGGCGCUGGCCCGCCGCCAGCCGGGCCCCGCCGAGCACCCGUCCCACCGGGCCGUGUGGCUGGUCCUGGGGAGCCUGUCGGACCUCCAGGCCCAGGUGCUCGGCUACGAGGGCAAGCGGGCCGACAAGAGCUACAUGAUGCUGGAGGAGCUGCUGACCAAGCAGCUGCUGACGCUGGACGCCGUGGACCCGCAGGGCGACGAGACCACCAAGGUGGCGAGGAAGCAGGCGGUGAAGUUCGCCCAGAACAUUCUCAACUACCUGGACAUGAAGACGGACGAGUGGGAGUACUGACCCGACGGACGGGACGACGCUGCAGCAACGAGGGGAGCUGAUAAUGUGUGUAAAUAAUAAAAACUGGUACGUUAUCAUUCCACGGGCUGUAAAUACGGACUCAAACCCCCAGAAUGCACUGCAGCAAGCGCUUCUGUGUGGUAGUCAUGGCGACCUGCUGAGAAACACGGAACUCCUUUUGUGAAACACUUUGACAAUUCUUUUUUUUUUGUGCUUUUUGGAGAUUUCUUUUCAUAUCUCCUAUCUGUGUGUGAGCGUGUGUGUGACAGUGAGUGUGUGUUUGUUGGUGAGUGUGUGUGUGACAGUGUGUGUGUGUGUGUGUGAGAGAGUGUGUUGUGUUUGCCGUGCGGUUGUCGAAGCCUGCUGCUGCCAAAGCACUAACUAAUGCCUGUUCCGGUGGUCGUUUCCUGCAGACUGCACUAGAUGUUGAAGUUAGAGGUGUGACGGAUCUCUUCCCCCCUCCCCCCCGCUCUGGUUGGUCUGAGCCGCCGACGGAGACGAGCGACGCCGCUGGUGUUAAAUACAGCGACCUGAUUAGACGGAGCGGAGGGUCAGGCACCUGCUGAUCUGGAGCGUUAACAGGAAAUUAAUUUAAUCUGCAGCGAAACGUGAGUUUUUACAACAGAGGGAGGAUCUAUGGCGAGCCGUUUGACCUUUAAUUGUCUUUAAAAGCAGGAUAUCUCUAAUUCAAUUAGUCAGAGAGAACAUUUUUCAUGAUCAACAACAGUAUCAACCUUUACAUUCCUAUGUAUGAGGGUUCUCUUUACAAUGAUCUACAAUUCAGCUUCAGAUCUGCAGACUAAUUUUGAUUCUGGCUUCAGAUAUCUACAGUUUUAUUCAUAAUUUUAGUUUGAACUAGUUUGGAAAAUACUGUAGAAAUCUCAAACUGGAAUUCUGCCUCGUCUGAAUGUAAUUACAGAUAUCUUAAAUUUGACUUAAUUGUGCAAAAUGAUGCUGCAGAUAUCUUUAGCUACGGCAAGUCGGAGGAAAAGGCGGUUUGCUUUCAGACCAACAGUUAAGGUAACUCGGCAGCUUAACCCUCUGAAUCCUAAGCAGCUUCUGGGCGUAUUUUUCCUGAUCGUGGGCUCAUUUUUCAGUCCUGCACCUCUACGGAAGCAAAACAAAAAACUCAGAAAUGUCUUCUGAGCACUCAGAAUGACAGAAAUCAUGAAAAGGAAAAGCAAAAGUUGAGUUUCUUUGAUUAUAUAUUUUGCAGAAAUUGAAACAACAGGUACAAUAUUUUCUCAAAGUGCCCACAAGUGUUAUCAGUAAAGAUUUCAACCAAAAAUGGAGGCACUACAAGACGUUUAACCAUCUUCCUAUAGUUGUCUCCUAUGCGUUUGGUGUAAACACUGCCUGCAGUUCAGCCGAAAGCUUCCUGAAUUUCUAUCAUGUGACUGGUGGUCAUAGCUGAGUCACUAAUGGCUUCACGGAUACACCGAGAACUGCAGAAUUGUUUGGUUUUUACAGAAUCUUUUUCAUGCAAACACUUCAUUUUUGGCAAAUUUUCCAAAGCCGAAAGUCUGUUUUUACAGUUUCCGGCUCCGAUAAAUGCUGUGAUUCCGCUGGUUUGUUUAAAAAGCCGCGGCCUUGGCGGGUUCAGGGGGUUGGAAGCUUCAACGGCUCGCCUUAAAUACCAAACAUUACAUUUUCCAGAUCCGGUAUUCAGGCCAGACGAUCUGUGUUUAAACAGAUGUGAUUAGAGUCGGGCCGCUCUCCUCUCCGUCGGUCUGGUGUCUCAGACGAGGAGAAUCGGUGUCGAGGUGCGAUGCUGGGAUGUUUGAGCAGAUAAAAGCACCUUCCCUUCCCCUCCCUACGCCGCUUGUGUAGCUGUUAGUCUGUAACUCGUUCCAAAUGUUUGUUGUGACUUCGUACGAUCGGCUAUAAAUGGAUCCGAGAUGGAGGAGCGGCGGAGGCGAAAUUUCUUUAGCUGCUGUUGCUGCUUUGGCGUUUUAUUUUUUUUUUUGUUCUCGUUGUUUCUACCCACUGCUUUGUACCAACGGAGGACUGCGAAGGUCCCCGGGGAGACGCAGGGAGGGAGGCGGCGAUAUCCACUGGAUUGACACAUCAAGGCUGAAGCCGGCGGGCCGACUGUGCGGUGGAGAGUGUUGACGUGAUGGCAGCCGACAGAGCCUUCUAGAAACUUCUCCGAGCUGCUGCUGCUGCUGCUGCUGCUGCUGGGAGGGAAGGAGGAUGUAGUAGAGAAGUCCAAAUCUCUGUGCCUUUAUUUUCACCUUCCCCAAGAGCCGGUUUGCGUGAAAAGCAGCGAAGUUCUCGAAAUGUAUCGAUGCACAAGAAUGAGGCGCCGACCGAAGCACCUCUGGCCGUUCGUCAAUGCCAGAAAAAUUUGCACUACUACAGAGAUCAGUGUUUUAAUCCCCCCCCCUCCACCACCAUCCUCGAUGAAGUCGUGGUCAGUGAUUUGUAGUAACAGACUCUGUUUUCAGCUACAUGAGUCAUAUUUUCACGCUGCAGACAGCCUCAGAUGGAGCAGCAGGAGAAUCAAAACGCCUCAAUUAGACGAUUAAAUGACUUCACAGCUUCACACCGACCUUCAGUUAGUGGGAGUUUUUCUGAUUUUUAUCACAAACCGUACAUAAAAGAUGAGAUCUGAAGGUCUAAAUUUAUGUUCUUAUUGUCAGCCAGCAGAGGGCGACUCCUCCAAAGUCCAUUUGUACAGAAGCCUAUGAGAAAAUGAGCCGACUUCUACCUUGAUUUGUUUCCUCUGUUGGCAUUUUUCUCAUGAGAUUAUAGUUUCUGUUGGUAGUUUUAGCUCCUUCGGUGCAGCAUGGCGUUUAUUCUUCAAUUAUGUUCCAAUUGUAAAGAAAAUGGACACAAAGGGUAGCUUUAUAUUUAGAGCCACGUUUGAACCGAUAUAUUUCAGCCAAACAAGCAUAUUUUCAGAAACUAGAAGAUGUUACAUUUCAAAUAAAGUCCUGAAACAAGUAUUUUAGCAUCUUUCUUCCCCUUUAAGGUUUUCCGUUUGGCCAAACAAGCAAAAAUUCUAUAAAAGCAGUAGAUGACAUUUUAUAAUAUACAUGUAUUACUUUUAAAGGAAAGCAGGAGUUUUGUACUAUUUGGAGCUUGUGUUGCAUGGAAGAAAAAUCUACAUUUGUACAUUCUGUAGUAGAAAUUGGUGGAUUUCAUCCACUGCAUGAUGGAGAACUGUACGCUGCCUAAUGGAACAAAUGCUCUUGGAAUAAAAAUACAUCAGCAGGGAGACCAAAACAGUGGAAACUUCCAAUACUUGAGGCGAUCAGAAAGUUAGAUUUUGAUUAGCUUCUAUUUUAGCCUGAUGCUAAACAAACUAGAAGAAGUUAGCUUUCAAAUUAAGUCUGACGCAAACAUUUUGACCUCUCAGUCUUGUUUAAGCUUUUCCAUUUGAUCAAAUAAGCAAAAGUUAAAAUUAAAGGGUGGAAGUUAAGCGGUUAACAACUUUCUAUGACAUAAGUUACUUUUGAAGGAGCUGUGCCAACGGGAACUUGUGUUUGGAAUAACGUGCAAGUCUGAACAUUUGUCUCGUACAUGACAACUUCUAAAGUUUGAUUUAGCUCCAUGCUAAACCACAACGUUUAGUAACUAAACCUUUCCAAUGAACGAGCAUUGUGCUCCUACAUUUGUUCUGCUGCAAGCUUCUUCAUUGGCUAAAUGAGCAAAAAAAAAAAACUAGGCAAGCUGAAGCACAUUUUUUGAAACUGGAAGAUCCUGCCUUCCAAAUUAAGUUUUGUGCUGACUGCUUGGUCUUAUAAUUCAUUUAUUUUAGGCUUUUCAAUGCGACCAAAUGGGCAAUAAUCUGAAAACAGAGUGGAUACUAAGAGGUUGAAGACAUUUUAGAGCAUAUAUGAAACUUCUAAGGAAAUGUAGAGACUAUACUGGUGGAAGUUGGUAAAAAAAAAAUCUAAAUUUAAACUUUAGAAAACUCCAGAACUUAAUGGACUCUGAGGUGUUUGGUUAAAGAGCCCUCAUGAAUAAAAAUAAGUGGGAGUCUGUGGUUGUUCUCGGUUGAGGUUUCUUGGCAGCUGCUCUCUGUGUGGCUGUUCUCAGCGUGAACCGACACCAAAAGGUCAAGAGUCCCGUCAUUUCCCCACAACCAGCUCCUCACGAGCGAUUACAGAAACUAAACCCCCAAAGAUCUGCUUUCCGGAGACCCUCGUCCUGCUGCUUUUUGAAGACGCGUUCCAGUGAACUCCCACGGAUCGGUUUUAUCGGCGCUGAGCUGCUGUUGGAAGCGUUUCCUGGCACCACGCCGGCAGCUCGGCCUCCCGGGUGCAGCGCCGACUCACCAGGGAGAAAAUGAGAUUAAACGGCGUUCAUUAAACAUCGCCAGCCCGCCUGGCCGUUGCUGCAACAGAUGCUCUCUCACAGCGAACCUUAUGCUCUCUCAGACCAAACACACCUUAAGUUCACUUUUUGUACGCAGUAGCACGUCGACAGAUGCACAUUUAGUCCUCAACUUCCUCUUCAAACGUCCCUUUGAGUCUUUUGCAAGUUUUUCACUGUACAGAAAAGAAGAUGUUCCCCUCUUUUGUCGUCUGAAAGUGUCUCGAAGCCAUACAGCCGUGCAGAUUUAUACACCGUGGUUCAGACAAAAGGGAGCUCCUCCACUAAAACUGUGCUGUUUCUGUUAGAUUUAACCGGUUUCUCUGCUAAAGUCAUGGGAAUCGCAGCUGAUCAAGGUCGUAAAAUCAGCUUUGUUGCAUUUCUGUGAUGGCAUGCUAAUGCUAUAAAGGAAAAAAGCAUUUAAAGUAUCUGGCAACAAAUCCUGUGUCCUUUACAAAAUAUUUAGCUGGAAAAAUACACUAUUAUAAAUGUUCAUCAUAUUAAAUAGAAGUCCAUACAGUCCUUUAACCCUCUGAACUCCAGCUUGUUUCUGUCAGUUUUUUCCACUGUGGUUUCAUUUUUCUCUGCAAUAAAAAGUCCUGCACCUCUAAUGGAAACAGAACAACCAUAAAGAAGGAGAGAGAACUCAGAAAUUACAGUUAGAAUGCCAUGAAUCAUAGAAAAAAAGGGGAAAAAAGUCGAAUUUGCUUCAUUAUUUAUGUUACAAAAUUUUUUAAAAAAUGAAAUCGACGUGCUAAACGUUUUUCCAAGUUCCCACGGGUGUUAUUAAUACUAGAAAAUAAAACUAUCACUCUACAAACUGUAAAAAAUUCCCUAUUUACAUUUUAAAACUCUCUUCUUUGUGUAAACACUGCCUGCAGUUCAGCCGGAAAAUCCCUGAAUUUUUGUCACGUGACCGGUGAUCGCAGCCAAAUCACUAAAGGCUUCACAGUUAGGCAGAAGAGUGCAGAAUUUUUAGUUUUUUACAGAAUCUGGUUAAAGCAAAUGGUUUAUUUUUGGUGAAUUUUUAAACUGAGACAUGUAGAAUUAAAUAACUUAAUUUGAAGCUCCGAUGUGGUUCAGUUUUCCCGAUUGAAAGUUACAUCACAGAAAAAUGCUGCACAAAAAGUUGAAAAUGGCUCGUAUAAAUUCUGUCAUUUUAGCAAUUUAAAAGAAAAAAACAUUUAUUUUAAACCUUAUGGCGAGUUUUGGGAGUCAGAGGGUUAAAUGUCAUAAAUCAUGAAAUCUAAAGCACUAAAGAAACGCUUUUCUUUGUCGGUUUUCUUUAAAAUAACGCAACAAAAAGUCUGUUACUGCCAGGUUUCUGGUUUCUUAACCGACUGUGAAAUUAAUUAAUGAUACUCAGAUCUGAAACUAGCAUUCACACCUCAAACCUGAAGCCGGAAUAAUUCGGUUUCUGUUUCCAAACACGCAGACUAAAAGCAGCAGCGUCUGAACCCGGAGUCCAUUCAGGUCCGCUGGCUUUUCUGAGUGAUCUUAAAGGUUUGUUUUCGGUUGAAUGUAGCCACUGAGGAAUGUUUUUGUGUUUCACCAAAGCUGAUCUCAGCGAGGACAGACGGAGUGGAAAUAAACGAGGCAGAAACAUUUAACAUCUGAUCAGCAGCCGGUUGCACAGACAAAAUCUAAGAAAAGUUAGCGCUAAAUACUUAUUUCUGAUUUUGGAGCCAAAUUCAACAAACUGCACGAAAAAUCACAAAGAAGACCGAUGUGUGGAUCCGUUUAUUGCACUUUGACUCAGAUUACACUGAUAAGAUGUUAAUUAGUGGCUUUUAGAGCUGCUUUUGGACAGAUUUACUUUCAUCUCGUGUCUAGUUUUUGAGCUAAACUGCCGAUUUUAAAAUACAGACACGAGUGCUGGUGGUUUAAAUGAGAUAAAAGCAGCAAGAUUUGAAGUCGCUGUUAUCAAAAAUGGGCAAAUAAAGAAUCUUGUGAUGUAAAUGUGGAAAAAAAACUAAGCUAAAUUACACAAAUUUCUGAGUAUAUAUUAAAUCUUAUAAAAAAAAUUCAGAAAAUUUUUGUUUAAAUACACAAAUAAGGUAUUAAAUAUGAAAAAUUAGCCUAGUUUGUAUUAAUUUCCAAAGAAAAAAACUGAAUAUUGGAGCCACUUUUAAGGUUUUUAUUUUAUUUUGUUCACAAAUUUGAGUGAAAUAUUUGUUUAUGAAUCAGAAAAUACUGUAAACAGACAGAAAUAAAUGAAAUUCCAUCAUUUUUUAGGGAUAAAAUGUUAAAUAAACCAACUGAAUUUACAGAAUCAGGCUUUAAAUCAGGUCCAGCUGCUCUGACAAACUAAAUCCAAAAGACUUUCAUCAUUCGGAUUGAUUUUGGUGGUUUUAUACAAACUUUAGAAAUAAAAACCAGAAGGAAAACUUCAGUUAUUUGAUGCUAAUAAAAGAAACAACUGAUCUAAAUGGAGAAAUUGGAACAAAAUUUUGAGAAUAAGAUAUUUUCAGAAGCAGAAGUUGUCUCAGAGCCUUUUAGAUUCAUCAUAAAUGUACAAAAUAUGAACAAACUUCUGUGUAAAAACCUGCAGAAUAUAGAAAAAAUGUGAAGUUUGCUGUAAAUAAAUGCUGCUUUAGUGGAUAUUUGGGGCUCAAAAUGGUAGAAAAAACUAAAAAUUACCUAAAACUAAACUCCUAAAUGUGGAUUUUGGAUGAUUUCUUUCUAUUAGUCCCAAAAUCUUAUUUAAAACCUGAUUUUUAGAGCAUUUUAUUCCUGAAAACAGCCAUUUCUGAUUCCAAAAUCUCUCAAAUAAGUAAAAAAGGUAAGAAAAUAAGAAUCUUGAAGCUGCUUUUAUGCGAUAUUCAGAUUUCUGCUCUGAAAUUAGAGCAAAUUAUUGAUAUAUUUAGAAGUUAAAUUUCAACUAAAGCUCCUGAUCUUGCAGCAGAAUCACUUCUCUCCACGUCUUCAGUCUUUGUCGGUGCAACGAGCUGCUCAGUCUCACCUUGUUCAUUCGAAUGGUCUGAAAAUGAAAACCUGAUCUUCCUCGCUGAGCUUUUUUUAUUUAUUUAAGCGCACUUCUUCUCCAUCGCUGGUUCCUCGCUGCUUGGCCUUUUCUUUCUGCAGAUGACGGGAAUGUGUUGGAAAAGCUUUUCUUUUGUUUCUCCAAAUGUACGUUUCUCUUAAGUCGCCUUUAACUGCAUUGAUUGUGACGGGCUUUUUGAUGUUUCCUCCUCCGAGAAGCGCUUGUACAAAACAAUAAAAACCGAAGAAGAAGAAAGAAAAAAAAAGCACACCGAGACUGAAAGGAAGCGCUGAGAGUGUGAAUGCUCCACGGAUGGCUGUGUUCAGAGUUUGUAUUCCCACUGCAGAAUAAAGACGCGUGUCUCCAUC